AAUUUUCUUUGCUUUCAGUAAAAAUACUUGGUUUUUCCUAUUUCUCCGAAAAUAACUUCAAAUAGUUUCUUAAUUUCUCCUUGUUUCACAAUUAUUUUCUUUAAAACUUUUAAAAAUAGACUGAAAUGGCUUCAAUAAACAAAAACCUAACAAAUCUCACUGAUAUUCCUUUAGGAUUGGAACAAGGCGAUGGAAUUGAUAUAACUGCUGUUAAAGAUGAAAAAAUUAAAUCUAAUUCCCUGAAGAGAUUCUUUCGAAUGACAAAGAGCAGCAUGACCACAUCUAAAAGUUCAGAAUCGGAUGAUACGGUUUGUGAAUCUGAGAUGAAAAAUAUUCGUUCCCUUCAGUUGAGAUUUGGAAGCUUUCACAAAAAAGAUGAAAACGAUAAAGAAAAAUCAAAUGCUGAACCAAGCUCGUCUAAAGAAGCUAUGAAAACAAAACCAACAGAAUCUCGUGUAAAAUUACAAGAACGUAUGUCAAACUAUUGGAAUACAGCUUUUAAGAAAUCUUUAAAAAAGUCUUCAACCAACGACAACCCACAAAUUGAAGGCAAUGUUAACCCUCCUUCGGAUGAUAUUGACAAAUUUGCAAAUAAUCAGUCAGCCAAUUUGUAAAAAUAUCCUUUUUGUAAUAAAAAUCCAAAUUUAAAAAUAACAAACUUUCAA